AAAAAUGUGAAAACAUACACAUUAAAUAAGUGAAAAAUAUAUUAUUAUAUUGAAAAAUUAAACUAAUAAAAAGAAAAUGAAAAACUGUUGCAUUUGCAAGAAAAAACAAAAACAUGGAAGUGGCAGUUUUUUCGGAGUUCCUAAAGAUGAACGUAGGCUUAAGUGGAGUAAAAUUUGUCGGAUGGAGUUCACCGCUAGUUCCUUAAUAUGUAUGGACCACUUCGCGCCCCAAAGUAUAAUCAAAACGGGACGAAAUGCUUUGUUGAUCCCAAGUGCUGUGCCUAUAAUGCCAGAUAAUCGACUUGCAAAUGUAAAUUCCAACUCAGCCGUAUCCACCGGAAUUAUAUCCCCCCAUCAAGUAUUUUUGCAGAAUUUUGCAGCACAACAAACGCAAACGGGAAAUACGUUUGGAAAAAAUUUCAAAAAACCAAGCGAUCCAAAACGUAAUAGUUAUGAAGAUCAAAAAGGGAUAUUACGACAAAAUUUAUUUAACAUAAAUAACAAUGCUCAACCGGCUGAAAUUCAAACGAGCCCAAUUUUACAAAUCCCUCUUUUCAAAUCGGAUUCUAAAGCAGCGUCAACGCAAACUAAUACUCGUUACUGCGGCACUAUACAAGUUUCAGAGUUUGCCGAUGAAUAUCGUAUAAAUUGUUUCUAUUGCUGUAAAUCAUUUCCAAUGGAAAAAUGGAAAAUUUUCAGAAACCAUCUAAAGAAACAACACUUUGAAGAUGAGGAAGCCUUUAAAAUAUCGAAAUAUGUUUCAGACGAUCACGAUUAUACUACAAUAGGCUCACCGACGUUCACUCCAAUCGAGGUCAAUCCUGUUAUAGAACAAACUCUUGUUAUUGAGGCUGACACAUUAAUAACUUACAUACUCGAAUCACUAGACUCAAUGGAAUCUACGCAAAAAGCAGCCGUAGCUGAAGUUAUAACUCCCAAUUUUCAUACUACAGCAAAAGUUAACCAGUUACCCAAGAAAAAAACUUCCUACUUACCACACAGUUCUAAAAACCAAAAGAAAAAGCCGAUUAAGAAAAGCUAUUCGAUUAAAAUGCCAACUUAUGACAUAGAAACUGAAUUUAACGUUUCAAACAACACCGUCGACAAUGAAGAACAAAUAACUUCCUCCUUUCCAAGCAGUUCUAAAAACGAAAAGAAAAAACCGCUUAAGAAGAGGACUAUUAGAAAAUCUUCAAAAAAUGUGAUAGGAAAUACAGGGAAAAGUAAGCAAAAGGUCUUAUCCUCGGGUGUACUUUAUUUACAAAGCACAAAACGGCAUCCAUCAACUAAAACUGCUUUAAGUCGCUGUCUUAAGAGGUCUAAUACAAUUGAAACAAUAGACCCAAUUGAUAUUAAAGAAGAGUUCGAACCAUCUGAUGAUGUGGAAAGUUUUCAACAAGUUACCACCACAGAGCUUUCCUUCGAAUAUACACCACGUGACAUAAUCGAUUUUCUGUUAGAUAAUAUGAAAAAUUAUGCAGUUUUGUGGGAAUAUGAUGAACAUCCAUUCAAUGAAGACUAUUAUGAAGCCAUCGAAGAGCUGUGCGCAUUAGUCAACAGCAAAUGGUCAAUGAAUAUAGAUAAUUUGAAAAUGCGUCGCAGCGUAAAUCGUGUCUUGCGAUUUUACUGUUCUGUAUACCCAUUGGAAAAUGUUGAAAAUAUUGACCAAUUUACUAGCUUUUACGAUAAAUGUGCUGCUUUUCUGCCUAAAUCUGUAAAUGAUAUUGCCUAUGCUCGCUGUUCUCAUUGUUAUAGAUGCUACAGAAAUGAUAGCGACCUGAAAGGUCACCUGUUAGAAGAACAAAAGCAUUUGCAAUGGCCUUACAAGUGCAUACAGUGCAAGGAAUGUUUCCGGGAUAAUGAUGAAUUUGAGUUUCACAAACGUCUGCCGCACUAUAAGGAAGUAUUUAGAUGUGAACAAUGCAGCAAGAAAUUUCUUCAUCGUAAUAAAUACAAUAGACAUAUGCUUUUACACCAAAUCAAGGAGAGUGACGAACCCGGAAAAUACGUUUGCAACAUAUGCAACAAAGCAUUUAAAGCCAGUGGUGAACUUCGCAAUCAUUUAGUAUAUCACGGAGAGAAAAAACACAAGUGUCAUCUGUGUCCGAAAGCGUAUUUUACUAAUGCUUUACUAAGGCGCCACAUAAUGAGCCAUAAUAACGAAUAUGACUUAAUGUGUGAAGUUUGUGGCAAAGGAUUCAUCUUUCACAAUAAUCUCAGAGAACACAUGAAAAAACAUACGGGUGCCAAAGUCACUUGUAACAUAUGCAAUUUGCAAUUAAGAAAAUCUAGUCUAAUGCGUCACUUGCGAACGGUUCAUGUGGCAUGUGAAGGAACCAUUGAAAGUACAUUUAGAGCGAGAUGUCAUAACUAUAAGAGAAUAUUGCGACCAAUGCAAAAACGCUAUAGAUUCCGCAAUAAAUACAAAGCAAAGACUUACUUUUGUAAAAUCUGUGACAUUCAGUUCGAUGGUUACAAAUUUAUCGUAGAGCAUAACAAAGAGUUUCAUUCCGACUACACCAAGUUACCGUGUAAAAUAUGCAGUACGGAAUUUAAACAAAAGUUAAAUCUAAAUCGUCAUUAUCGACAAAAGCACAUGUUACAUUCGUAUCAAGUUUACAAAUUAGUGGAACUAGACGAAGAUGUAAAUGCAGUGUUAGCAAUCAAGGUUGAAGAGUUAGAAAAAUUAACGGAGACUUUAGCAUAUUCAUUAAAUGGACCAAGCAGUUCAACAGCAGCUAAUAAAAGUACAGCAAUAAUAAAGACGGAUCCGUCGCCGGAUGAGAUUUAUAUUGAAGAAGAAAGGCUACACAGUGAUACAAUACAAGAUCAAAUAAUGGAAGUUGCUGAUAACAUCGCUCCACAUGAAAUUAAAGUCGACGAUGAUCAUUACAUGAAUGACUUUUUUACAAAUCUUUUAAAAUAACCGUAGACAUAAAAAUUUAAAAAUUGUUUAAUUUCUUUUUUUUAAUAAAAUAAAUUAAACAAA